AUGGACGAGAAGACUUCGGUUGGAUCUACGAACCACAAGGAGAAGCCACAGGCUGAGCCCGUGGCCCACGCUAAUCCCAGUUCCAACAAGAUUCUAGGCCAAAGAGGCUCCUGGGAAGCCAUUGUUGAAGAUGCCCAUGCUGCCAACGCCCACGAACACUCUCUCACUGUCCGCCAAGCUCUCAAGGCCUACCCUUACGCCGUUCUCUGGUCUCUCGUUGUGUCCAUGUCCAUCAUCAUGGAAGGCUACGACACCAUCCUCAUCGGCUCACUCUACGCCUAUCCCAGCUACGCGGAACGCUUUGGCACCAAGGAUACCUCCACCGGCAUUUGGCAAAUCGAGGCCAAGUGGCAGAGCGCCAUGGGCAGCGGACCUCAAGCUGGUGCCAUUAUUGGUGCCCUCUGCAAUGGCUUCCUCAUUCAGCGUUUCGGCUAUCGACCAGCUUUCAUGUUCGGCGUCAUCCUGAUGACCGCGUUCAUCUUCGUUUCCGUUUUCGGCAUGUCCGUCGAGCUUCAGGCCGUGGGUCAAAUUCUCUGCGGCAUCCCGUGGGGCAUCUUUGCAACGAUUGGCCCUGCCUACGCUUCCGAGCUGUGCCCUCUUCCUUUGCGAGUAUAUCUCACCGCGUACACCAACAUGUGCUUCGCUACCGGUCAGCUCAUUGGUGCCGGAGUUCUCAAGAGCUUUAUCGGCCGUGACGAUGACUGGGCCUGGCGCAUUCCGUUUGCUCUCCAAUGGCUGUGGAUUCCUUUCCUCAUGAUUGGUUCCAUUUUCAUGCCCGAGUCGCCCUGGUACCUCGUCCGUAAUGGCAAGUAUGCCGAAGCUGAGAAGAGCGUGUUGCGAUUGGCAGCCGAGCACGAGAAACCGCAUGCUCGAGCUCUAGUGGCCCUCAUGAUUCACACCGACGACAUUGAGAGGAGAAUCGCCGAGGGUACUUCUUACUGGGACUGCUUCAAGGGCGUCGACCUGCGUCGAACGGAGAUUGCUUGCGUGUCCUUCCUUGGUCAGAUCACCUGCGGUGCUCAGUUUGCCUACUCUGCCACCUACUUCUACCAGCAGGCCGGCCUAGACUCCGAGACUUCCUAUAACCUAAACCUCGGCGGUACCGGUAUCGCCUUCUGCGGCACCAUUGCUUCCUGGUUCCUGAUGAGAUACUUCGGACGGCGCUCCUUGUAUCUCAUCGGAAUGUCUGGCAUGAGCGUUAUCUUGUUCAUUAUCGGCUGUUUAGCUACCAACACCCACAACCCCGCUGUCAAAUGGGUCCAAUCGAUACUUUGUGUCGUCUGGCUUCUCACCUUCUCGCUAACCGUCGGCCCCGUUGGUUGGGCCAUUCCGCCUGAGGUAUCCUCCACCCGCCUUCGAUCCAAAACUGUUGUGCUAGCCCGAACUGCAUACUACAUCGCACAAAUUGUCGCCAACGUUAUCCAGCCCUACAUGAUGAAUCCCAGCGCUUGGAACUGGAAGGGCAAGACCGGUUUCUUCUGGUUCGCCUUCGCGUUCCUAACCGUUGUUUGGGCUUUUUUCCGCCAGCCUGAGACCAAGGGACGUAGUUAUGAGGAGCUUGAUCUCAUGUUCGAGGCCAAACUGCCUACAAGAAAGUUCAAGCAUUAUUACGUUGACGCUUACAACCAUAACGAGGAUGACCGCCUACAGGAGCUAUAA